AUGUCAAUCAAAGUUACGUCGUCUGCUGAUACAGAAAAGAAAAUAAUAGAUCAAGAAUUAGAAAUCAAUACGGAAACAGCAUCAACUAAUUUCGAAUCAUCGAAUGAUGCACAGUUAUCAUCAACUAAUACUGAAACAUCAAAUAAUAAAGAUUCAUCUGAACAUAGUUCACGCCGAUUAAAUGAUGAUAAUCAAAAUAAUUCUUAUUUUCAAAUGGGUGAGUUAUUAUUAUAG